AUGGCAAAUGGCGGCAGAGAACAGGCUGCACGGGACACAGUCCUGGGACUUGUUGGCCAUGGUGCUGAUGAUCCCGGAGAUGGCACCAAUUCCAUUACUCUUGAGGAUCCGGACCAAGAGGACAUUGCGAUGGCUGACGCUGCUAUCGUGUCAACGCCACAGCCCAAGAUCGCUUCUAACCCAUCAGUACAAGAUUCCGCAUCUUCUGCCCACUUGACGCACUCAACGUCGGGAUUGAACUCUUCAGCAUUCCUUACCACCACUCCCUCGUCCGGAGGAAAGCGGCUUCGGCAUAUAUUGCUAAGUUCAUCAACCAAGACCACGCCCAGCACCACCACCUCCAACCUUGAAGAUUCCCGGGACAUUCGACAUGUCGAGCCAGAACGGCCGUAUGAGGACAGAGAGGACGACGAAAUCGGCGGAGAUGAUGACGGUACGGAAAUCGGCGAGGGCUACCAGCCACAUGCGAGCUCGCGUGGAGGGAAGUCGGCGCGAAAUCACCCAGAGACUGGCCAGCUUCGCGUGCCGACGCGUCGUUCUGCGCGCAUUGGUGCCAAAACGCUGUUGGCACGUGGUUCGGGGCCAUCAGAUGCUCUCUGUGGCUCACUGAGCGAUGGCUCUACCUCAGUCAGCCAUGACAAUCGAGUUCGCAAGAAGCAGAGGCGGGUGAAGUCCACGAGUCGUCUCACGGGGACCGCGGGGAUUGUUCGACGAUCGGCACGGCUCGCCAAGCCGCUUUCGGUAUUCCACAAAUACCCCGACUUGCCGGAGGAAAUGAAGAUCAUGAUCUGGGAAGCUGCCAUUAGCCCACGACUGGUGUAUCUGUGUAACCGAUUAAACAUCAGCCUGCCGACUGCUGUUCAUAUCCCUACCACGCCUGGCAUCCAGAACAGCCUGCCCACCUGGUUUGCGGCGUGCGGCCUGUCGACCUGGGUCGCCGAAAAAAACUACACCAAGCUGUUCAGCCUCCACCAUUUCCAGCCGCCCUCCAUCGAUCUCACCACAUGCCAAGACGUCAAUAUCAACGCCGACAUCGUCGUAUUCGAGCCUUGCCAUAGCGGCUGCCGAGCAAUGUACUGUGCCAGAGCCCAAUACAGCGAACAGGAUCGUAGCCAGGUGCGUUUUCUGGCUGUACAGAUCGAUUCCCCCAAUCUGGUGGCGGCUGCUGAGCCCGGUUGGGUGUCAGUGGGAAGAUCGUGGCCGAACGUUGAGACACUGUACUUCAUCAAGGGUGGCGUCAAGCGGCCGGAAAAACAAGAGAAGGCCAUGAUUCGGGUCAAAGAAGACAACCACGACUCCAACCUGCGCAAGGCGUUCGACGAAUGGAAGAAGAAUGCCGGGAAGUACGAGAAGGUUGCUUCGCUGCAGUUUGUCAAGGUCGUCGACCAAGAACCUCAGAUGAAGAACGAGAAGGACGGGGACAAGAAGGCCAAAGAUCGGUACAAAUCUGUAGACGAUCGCAAAACAGGCCUCCCUAAAGACAUCAUAAUCGGAUGA